AUGGAGAUAGCCUUGGUGAGUUUUGAGAACGGCGGCGCAAAAGGGAGCGGUGGUGGUGGAGGAGGAGGAGGAGGCAGCAAUGCCGAGGAGAGCUGCCGGAACGCGCUGGAUGUCCCUCAAUCGGGCUUCGUUCAAACUGGACUCGGAGAGGACUACAGUAAAGAGCUGAAUACCCGGGGGAGCCCUCAGCAGCAGCAUCAUCCUCAUCAUCACCACCAUCAGCAGCAGACCUCCUGGAAAAUCAACGACAUGAACAACACUUUCAGCUGCAGCGAGAACGCCAUGGAUGCGCUUUUACGCGCGGACCACAGUCCCCAUCUCUUCGACGAGGACUUGCUGGACAUGGACAUGGACACGGAGAGCAACGAGAGGGUGCUCAUCAACAUAGCAGGACUCAGGUACGAAACCCAGCUCGGCACUCUGAACCAGUUUCCCGACACUUUACUGGGAGACCCCGCAAAGAGGAUAAAAUACUUCGACCCCCUCCGGAACGAGUACUUUUUCGACCGCAACAGACCGAGUUUUGACGGGAUUUUGUAUUUUUAUCAGUCAGGAGGGAAGAUCAGAAGACCUGUCAAUGUGUCAAUAGAUGUGUUCGCGGAUGAGAUUAGGUUUUAUCAGCUGGGGGAGGAGGCCAUGGAGAGGUUCCGCGAGGAUGAGGGGUUUAUAAAAGAGGAGGAGAAGCCGCUGCCUCAGAAUGAGUUCCAGAAGCAGGUUUGGCUCAUCUUUGAGUACCCGGAGAGCUCCAGUCCGGCUCGGGGCAUCGCCAUCGUGUCCGUGAUCGUCAUCACCAUAUCCAUCAUCACCUUCUGCCUGGAGACGCUGCCAGAGUUCAGGGAUGAGCGGGAGCUCCCGGUGACCAGCCGGCUGGACAACAGCACCGCGCCCCGGCCGUCCCUCACCUUCACCGACCCCUUCUUCAUCAUCGAGACCACGUGCGUCAUAUGGUUCACCUUCGAGCUCUUUGUGCGCUUCUUCGCGUGCCCAAGCAAGUCCGAGUUCUCCAAGACCGUCAUGAACAUCAUCGACAUCAUGUCCAUCAUGCCUUACUUCAUCACAGUGGGCACGGAGCUGGCGGAGCAGCAGGGCCAGGAGCACCAGAACGGGCAGCAGGCCAUGUCUCUGGCCAUCCUGAGGGUCAUCCGCCUGGUGCGCGUCUUCAGGAUCUUCAAGCUCUCCAGACACUCCAAGGGGCUCCAGAUUUUGGGGCAAACCCUCAAAGCGAGCAUGCGGGAGCUGGGGUUGCUCAUCUUCUUUCUCUUCAUCGGAGUCAUCCUCUUCUCCAGCGCUGUGUACUUCGCAGAGGCGGACGAGCCGGAGUCGCACUUCUCCAGCAUCCCGGAUGCCUUCUGGUGGGCCGUGGUCACCAUGACAACAGUCGGUUAUGGCGACAUGAGGCCGGUGACGGUCGGGGGGAAGAUCGUUGGAUCUCUGUGCGCAAUCGCCGGCGUGCUCACCAUUGCGCUGCCGGUGCCAGUCAUUGUGUCCAACUUUAACUACUUCUACCACAGAGAGACAGACCAGGACCAGUCCUCCCUCAAGGACGAGCCCAACAGCAUGCGCGCGAGCCCCGAGCUGAAGCGCAAAGGGAGUAAAUCAUCCGCAAAGUCGCAGCAGGACGCAGAAAACAACGACGCGGGCGCAUCAGUGGAGAAAGCAAAUAUCAAAGCGAACAGCAGCAUGGACUUCAAGAGAUCCCUUUACGCGUUUUGCUUGGACACCCGGGAGACAGACCUGUAG